CCUCGAACGGUGACGUACUUCUCUAGGAAAUAGUCAACUGUUUUGUGUAAACACUAUUGAUGCGCGCUCGGCAUUUACCGAAGGAAAGCACCAGAUCGCACGCGAGCUCCUCUACCCUCGUAAGCAUCAUCUGUACCAUACACGCACUUUAUUCGACACUUAAGCGACUAGGAUGUCCGCGUCGGUCGAUAUCCACGCGCAGCUGGCGUCGAUCCUCGAGCGCUUCGCCAAAUGCGCGCUGCUGGAGAUGAGUCGCGCGGUGGAGCAGGAGAUGACGCGCCGCCAGAUGGAGACGGAGACGCUGCUGGUCAAGCUUCAGUUCACCGAGAGCGAGCUGCGAUCGGCGCGACAGAGUCAGGCGUACCCGCGCUCCGUGGGAACACAAGUCAACAACAGCGGACAGAGAGAGGUGAACCUCAACCUUGUGAAGUUCAAUGAAAACUUUGACGGAGAAACACAGACAGAGACGUACACAGACGAUUCUUCAGCACAGACAUUCGCACUGAAUAUACAGGAAGAUGGAAUCAAAUCCAUUCGGAUCAAAGAGGAGCACAUGGAUGAAGGACAGUGGGACAGCGGACCGAUAUCUCCUGCUCUUUGCCCGUUGGGUCCAGAGGUGGAAGACCAGGACAGUUUCAGCGCGGGAACAACAGGACCAGCUAGAGAGGGCCGGAGUAAAAUCAAGCCCAGCGGAUUGUGGAAUUCACCCGUUUCUGAGGAAUAUCCCAUCAACUCCGAAGGCCAGAGUUUGGACGCGUCUCCUCUGGAAUCAGGCGAGCGAUACGAGAACCGACGGCCGGAUCUGAACACACAGCACCCCGUGGAGGAAGCGUACAGACCGGAGGAGGUCUCCCUGCGUGCGAACCCAUCAGCGGCGGAGAGGAGCUCUCGCUGCCCUCAGUGCGGAAAGACCUUCACUACACGCUUCUACCUGAAGAUCCACCAGCGCAUCCACACCGGAGAGAGACCCUACACCUGCCCACAGUGCGGCAAGGGCUUCUACUGCAACUCACACCUGAUCUCACACCAGCGCUCGCACACCGGAGAGAAACCCUACAGCUGCGAGGAGUGCGGCAAGUCUUACUCGCACUUAAACUCGCUCAAACUGCACCAGCGCAGCCACACAGAAGAAGAGGCGUAUGCGUACUGGUGAUCCAUGACCUGCCACAUGACUUCGUUUGACAUUCGACACAUAUUUUUAUAUUUUCACACAACUUUUUAUCGAGUAGCUGGUUGACAUUACCUUUAUAUCCAUUUAUUUUCUAUUUGUUAAAUAUCGAUUGAUACAUAAAAUGCAUUUCAUUUAUAUAUAAAUACAUUUUUCAUUUUAUGACCCGUGUUGUUUUAUGAUAUUUUAUUAGUUUGUAUGGAUUAUUUAAUAUGGGAGCAUCGUUUUGCAAUUGACAAUAAAAACCCGUGACUUUCUGA